CAUCUUGAUUCUUUGCUGGUUUCUCUGUGGCUCUGAUGAUAAAUGUUGCUAAUUCUUCAUAUACUAUGCAGGGCCACCGACAAUGGAUUGCAGAAGUUCAAUUCCUCGGUGUCUUGGAGCACCCUAAUCUUGUUAAACUUCUAGGAUAUUGCGCUACAGAUGGGGAAGGAGGGAUGCAGCGCCUGUUGGUUUAUGAAUACAUGCAAAAUAUGAGCUUAGAGGAUCAUCUGUUCAACAAAGCUGUACCUGUAGGCGUAGUUCCUUGGAGAACAAGAUUGAAAAUUAUCCUUGGUGCCGCACAAGGGAUGGCUUAUCUGCAUGAGGGACUAGAAGUCCAGGUGAUACAUCGAGAUUUCAAGUCAUCAAAUGUGCUUCUGGAUGAGAAUUUUAAUGCAAGGCUCUCAGAUUUUGGGCUUGCAAGGGAAGGGCCAGCUGGUGACUGCACUCAUGUGUCUACAGAGCCGGUGGGGACUUUAGGAUAUGCUGCCCCUGAAUAUGCUGAAACUGGACAUCUAUCAGUUAAGAGUGAUGUAUGGAGCUUUGGAGUUGUUCUCUAUGAGAUCCUCACAGGCAGGCGAACUUUGGAAAGGGGCCGUCCUGUGAUCGAGCAGAAGCUUCUUGAUUGGGUAAAACAAUUUCCUGCUGAUAGUAGAAGAUUUAGCAAGAUAAUUGACUCGAGGCUUCAAAACGACUUCUCACUUCUUGCUGCUAAGAGAAUUGCAAAACUGGCUGAUAGCUGCUUAAACAAGAACGCCAAAGAGCGGCCAAAAAUGAGCGAAGCGGUUGAGAUACUGACACAGGCAGUACAAGAAUCACAAGAAAGAACUUCUAUUGAAGCUACUGGUGCAUCUAGGCCUACACAACUUCCCUUACCUAAACAACUCAAAAAGAAGACCAUCGCUGAAACUGCACGACCAAUGAGCCCCUUAGCUCAGGCAAGUCUACUCAAAUAUGGUCUAUACAAGUUACUCAAAAUAAGCUAAUAUGAACCUUUUUGUCUAACUUUCUUUACCUGCUAUUUCAGGCUUGAAGACUCCACAUAUCGCGGAAUCAAACUUAUAUCAGCCUCAAAAUUGAGAUCCUUAUGCACGGAACGAGUAAAUUUUUUCUAUAUACGUAUAUAUAUGUUAAGUAAUAUUCUUUGGCAAAAGAAAUGGUCUUUAUGUGUACCAUUAGUUCUUUUUGAUUAAGUAUGUUUACACUAGGGAGAGUAUGGCAAAAGGAGGGAAGUUUUCUUUUUUCUAUUAUAAGUGAUACAAGUACUUGUAAGCUCCAUAGUUAGGACUUGUACUCACUAGUGUGUGUUUUUGUAAAUAAAUCCAUUAGUUUUCCAAGUUAUCAAAGUAACAAAUUUUGUCUCUUUA